UUUCGUCGGGAUGAUCGUCCCGAUGCAGGCAGUACUGCUUUUGGGUCGGCCAGCGGAAAACUGUGUUGGCGCAGUGAAACCUAGUCAAUCGUCAAUUCCUGGUUGAAAAUAGGAAGCUAUCACAUUGUAUCAAUGACGGAAUCGCAAGAAUCCUGAGGUCCAGCUGAGGAUGCAGGAGGUAAGUAUAGCCGCAUUAUGUCCGUGUGAAUAACACCAAUGUACCACAAUUGCCUAUGUACUUCUCGAGUCUCGUCAGCCUGCAUGAGUGCAUGAUCGACGGGAGGGUGGAACUGCAUCGCACGCGACGCGGCUUGUGCGUUUGCAUUGAUCCCGGCUUUAGAGAACCUACAGAAAGGUGUUCUUGUGUCGGCGAUGGUGACAAGGUUGAUUGGGUAAUGGAAUUUGAAAACGCUGGGAAAAAGCAAAUAGAUGGAGACACCAGCACAGGCACAAAUCCAGCCAGGGAGGUCAUUGAAGUGGAGGCAAGAGACACAACCAGGAGAACUUCUGGAUACUUAGAUAACCAUAACUACAGGUAUCAGAGACAGAUCCUCUGGCGUAUUGACAUAAGCGAUUAUGAUGUAAGGUGCUUUAAUAGACGAAAAGCAAUUCAUCUGCGUGGUAAGGAAGUAACAAACUUCGCGCGAAGAGUAUGUAGACAACUUAAAGCGGUUCUUGAUAGUAACAGGCCACAAAAUUCAGAGACAAAGUGAUUGAGGAUGAACCCGGUUGGCGGGCCUCAUGGAUGACAAGACUUGACCACGGUUAGAUGUAUCACGUAGUAUCAUGCAUGUCGUCGGACCAAAGAGAAGGGACGGACAAUCUGUGCCGGACAUCCGCAAUUCAACUGUAUCCUUCCAUCACCGCGAACGAGCCUAAAGAAGCCAGCAUCAUUACACAGUUGGGG